AUGGACCAGGCUCUGGUGAUCUUUGCAGUUCUCACUUACUGCUCAGGUGUUAUUUCUGGGUCCACAUUGACUCAGACUCCCUCACAGUCUGUGUCUCUGGGUCAAACAGCUGAAGUCUCCUGCACCAUCAGUGGAAGUAUUAGUAAUGAUCACUUCCACUGGGUUCGACAAAGAGUUGGACAGGGCAUUCAAUUUGUAGUCCGUGGUACCAGCAACAGGGGAAAAGAGAUCCCAGAUCGGUUCACUGAUUCCAGCUCUGGGAACAUUCGCCAUCUAACCCUCACCAAUAGCAAAGCUGAAGAUGAGGCUGAUUAUUACUGUGCUACCUGGUCGUACAGUGAUAACGGGUCCCACAGUGGGUCCUUGGCCAAGUUCACUCUGACUCAGCCACCUUUGCUGUCAGCCUCCCUGGGAGACCAAGCUCAACUCUCUUGCACAAUGACUGGCCUCACAUUUGGAGGUUUUGGCUGGUAUCAGCAAAAAGAGGGCAAGAGCCCCAAAUUCAUCCUUUGGCAUAAAGUCAGUGCUGGUGAGACCACUUUUGGAUCUGAAGUCUCUGGUAAUUUCUCAGCUUCCACGGACAACUCUAGAAAAGUUGCUUAUUUAACAAUCACCAAUGUGCUGGCAAAGGAUGAGGCUACCUACUAUUGUGCAGCAUAUUAUAGCGAUAGCAGCAGUUACAUGUAA